UCGCCGCUUUAUGCUCCGCUUCCCCCUCCUCGCUCGCCGAUCUUUGCCCCGCUUCCCCCUCCCCGCUCGCCGGUCUUUGACUCGCUUCCCUCCCGUCCGGCAUCGCCACCUUUUCCUUCGGCGCACGCACCUAUACAGAUACCUGCGAUGCUCGAUCGAGCUCUGUUGAGUCCGCGAGCCCGGCAAGCGGCGGCUGCUCGCACUGGAUCUUCGGUGCUCGCAAACCCGCUUCGGGUGCCGCAAAGGCCGCGAUUGGCAUUUGAUCCCGACGCAGCUCAGCGCGCUUCUGAACGGCGCGCAUCGCUUCGCCCUCGAAAGCCGAAGCAGGUACUGGGCAAGCUCCGCAGCGGUGGGUAUUUCGAAGGGCUCUGUUUCAAUGAGAAUCUUGAAGCCGGUCCGUACCUUUGUCAGUCUGACGAUUUUGACGAUGGCCCGCCAGUUCCGAACCAGGGUCCCCUGAUGGACGCCGGCCGAUCGUCCUUCUAUGACGUUGAGCGCAUAAUCGGCCACCGGAUGGUCAGGCGGGGCUCUGAAUUCAUUUAUACUUAUGAGGUGAAGUGGGCGGGUUGGGAUGAGACGACUUGGGAGCCUAGGGACAACGUCGCCGGCAUGCCCGCCUAUUACGAGUAUUGGGAGAGCAUGGGCCCAUGCUGAUCGUCUUCGUAUACUGUGGUUCAACUAGUCAAUGUUGUAUAAUAUUGAGAUCCCAGUGUACGCUGUGCUUGGUCUGGGCUCCAUCGAACGACAGC